CCUUAGCUUCUCUCCUUUGUUAGCUUAAAGCUAUAAAGAUUUGUAGAUUUAACUCUAUGGCUACAUUUACUAAAUUAUGUGUCACACUCUCUAUUAUUUCUCUUCUAGCUUGUUGCACCAAUGCACAACUUAUUAAUAACUUCUAUGCAACAACUUGCCCUAGCCUCCAAACUACUGUACGCAAUACAAUGACCAGUGCAAUCAGAAAUGAAUCAAGAAUUGGUGCUUCUAUACUUCGCUUGUUCUUCCAUGAUUGCUUUGUAAAUGGAUGCGAUGGAUCAAUUUUAUUAGAUGAUACUGCGACUUUUACUGGUGAGAAAAAUGCAGCACCUAACAAAAAUACAGUUAGGGGUUUCGAAGUGAUUGAUGCCAUUAAAACCAGCGUUGAAGCUUCUUGUAAUGCCACUGUUUCUUGUGCUGAUAUUCUAGCUCUUGCAGCAAGAGAUGGAGUUUUUCUGCUUGGAGGACCCUCAUGGAUAGUACCACUUGGAAGAAGAGAUGCUAGAACAGCAAGCCAAAGUGAUGCUAACAGUCAAAUCCCUGGACCGACAUCUGACCUAUCAACCCUCACUACAAUGUUUCAAAACAAAGGUCUAACAUUAAAUGAUCUUACUGUCCUUUCUGGUGCACACACCAUAGGCCAAGGAGAGUGUAGAUUUUUCAGAACUCGCAUAUACAAUGAAACCAACAUUGACCCAAACUUUGCCACCUUAAGAAAAACAACUUGUCCAGUUUCUGGUGGUGACACCAAUUUGGCACCUCUUGAUACUCUCACUCCAACUACUUUUGACAACAAUUACUAUAAAGAUCUUGUUGCUAAGAAAGGACUAUUUCAUUCUGAUCAAGUUCUUUUCAAUAAUGGAUCUCAAGAUAGUUUGGUUACACGUUAUAGUACUAAUAGUGCUACUUUUUUCAAUGACUUUGCUGCUGCUAUGAUAAAGUUGAGUAGAAUCAGUCCUCUCACUGGGACUAAUGGGGAGAUCAGAAAGAAUUGUAGACUUGUUAAUUGAUUUUGGAUUGGAGGGCAUAUUAGCAAUUGAAUAAAUAAUGGGUAAAGUCAUAAAAAUUGACAAUAUCUUGGACACAUUUGCACUUAUAGUAUUGGUGUUUUAUUUUAUAAGAUCAUAUAGUAUUUUGAAAAUAACCACACAUUUUAGUGUGGAGAAGUACAAAGUUGCAAGGUCAAAAUUACAUAUUAAUACAUCAGCUAUGUUUUUGGAUACAAUUAUCAACUGAAGUGUAUUUAUUAACUGAACUGUAACAUUGUUGUAUUGUAAUGUACUUAUGUUACAUAUAUGUUGUUUGUCUUCCUAAUAUUAAUGAAUGAAUCAAAGUACUUCUAUGC